GAUAUGGCAGUUGCAAAAGACAUAAUGCUAGGAGCCCUUCAAAGAAGAGAUAACUCCAUCGAAAAAGUUUUAUGCAAUUCAGGCCACUGCAUUUUAUACAAAUUCGAUACAAAAGAAACCAAAUGGUUAAAAACAGAAAUUGAAGGAAAUAUUUUUGUAUUUGAACGAAACGAACGACCGCGGUUUGGGUUCACACUGAUGAACACCAAAAGUCAGCAAAAUUUCUCCGAAGUUCUAUCCAAUGGAGUUGGACUGCAGCUAAAUUUCCCCUAUCUUCUGUAUAAAAACAUUAAAGGUAUAUACGCAGUGUGGUUUCACGAAAAAGAAGAUUCGAAAAAUGUUUUCAGAGUCCUCAACUCUUGUCUAGGAAGACCCCAUCCUGGUCAUCGAAUAAACAGCGAGCUCGUUAAACGAGAAAUUAUUGAUAUUCAUCACGGUAGAUCAAAAUCAAGUUUUUCGAGUUCCAACCAUCGGCAUCAAACUUCUGGGUUAAUACGAACUAAUGGACUCAAUGGAUCAAUAUUGAAUUUGUUGAAUUCUGCUGACUGCAAGAGUAAUCCCAGUAAAAGUAACAAUAACAGGAGUGCACGAAGCGGCAGGGCGAGUGUAUCGUCUUGCAAGGAUGUCAACAAUCCGUUGCAAGCUAGUGAGGCCGAAGUUAUUCCAGUCGCCACGUUGAUCACAAAAACAAGUAUCACUCCACCGCCUGUGGUGAGCAGCAGUAGUAGUCUGAUUUUGACAGACCACACAGGCGGUAUGGAUGGAACCUCGUUUCUGAAGAGUGUCAGGGCCGCGGCAACAACCACAAACGGAACAAUCAACCAUGGUGGAAAUAGUUUGACAGGCACUGCUCAUUCAAACAGUGCUUUCGUGCCAUUCAUGCGAUCCAACUCUGCAGUAGCCACAGUAGAUGGCUCAUCCUCUUCUUCUGGAGAUGCUAACCAUCAAAUAUCUAAUCUAGAUAUGCAUCCACUUUUGCAGCAGAUGUUUUUGAAGACACCUUCAAGUUCAACUAGCAAAGAAAAAGAACAAACUGCGAAGACAGAUGGUCGGUAUAAGAUGCAAUAUUCCAACAUUUCUGUCAAUCAGUUGUUUGCAAAGGAAACAAAUGUGAACAGCAUGCCGGAAUUAUCCUCAUCACAAAAACCUCACCAGCCUGCACAUCAAGCUAAAUUUGCCCCUAAUGGAGUUGCUGCUGUCAUUGGUUCAAAACCCACAGCAACCAACUCCGCGUCAGCUGCCGCUCUAAACAACAAAGCCCAAAAUUCCCAGCCGCACUUCGGCCAAUCUUUCCCACAUAAACAACCCGUGCAGACCCAACUACAACACUUUAUAAAAGACUUGCAUAGUUCCCAAGAUCAAAAAUUACAGCAAACAGGUGAAAAGAUACAAACUAGCUCAGAAAACAUUGGGCCUAAUGGUGACGGUAUCUCUCCUGAGUUGUCAAUGGAUCAUAAAAAGUCAAACAGCAUCUGCAUCCCCCAACCAGUUCUCAAAGAGAGCGUUGUCUCCGGCAACAGCAGUAACACCAGUUCAUAUCAAAGCCACCGCUUAAAUGAGGGAGACAGCAGCAGUGGCACAACUGAGGACUUGUUUGAUGACCAGUUUGCCGCAAUUACCAAGGAGUCGAUCCAGGCACUGCAACUUAUGGCGCCAAGUCACUUUUUGAGCGAUGAGGACGAAGGGAACAGUAGCUGCUCUGCUUUGUCAGAGUCGCCGGAUAGCCCACACCAGUUCUCCUCAUCAACCGGCCAUGCCGAAGAAGCGAUGGUGUCGAACCAUCUCAUGAAUAAAAAUAACCCACACAGAAUGUCAGACGUUGUCUUCCGUGACAAGGCGGCGGCUCAAUUGCACUCGACCAGUGCCCAGGUCCAUUCGACUCAGCAACCCUUUUUCAACCCGAUGGGCCCAACUAGUGGCAUGUAUGUGGCAGGUAUGAGAGAGCAGACGGACUGCAGUGAAAAGCACAUGCACAACCAGAACAACAACGCGUCUACCACUGCAUUAACUCAUAAUUCACAUACGAGCCAUCCGCAUACAGAAAAUGUGAAUCGCUUUCUCUUUCCUAUUUCGAGGGGGCUGCAAAUGAAUGGGCAGCGGGAUACCAGGCGCUAUAAGUCGGAAGAAGAACAGUUCGUUCUCACUAAAGAUCAGAUGAAAAAUGCUAUGCUAUAUCUGGUCGAAAACGACGAAGCUUUUCAGCAAAAGUUAUACGAUGCUUAUCUGUCAAGCAUGGGACAGCAGCAGUAAUGCGUUUUUCCCUUAAAAUAACUUGGCAGAGUCAAAAACUCGUCGAUUCAACUAGGAAUAAGUGACGAGGAUCUGCUGGUCUGUUGCUGUCUCGACUGGCGUGACAUCACUGAAGGAACCUUGACGUAAUUUGAAAGCGCAGUAGCCUCUAGGAAUGAAAGGCUGCUGCAAUAGUUUAGUUUAAACAACCCUACUACUCGACUGAAGAAAACUAAAAACUGUGAAUUGUUUGCUAUCCUAACUGAUGACUCUACUUAUUACAUUACACGUCUUCAUAUUUCACAUUUUACUCAACUGUGAUGAUGCAUCUAUAAAUUUGUUUGUUGAAUAGAUUCCAUAUGUUGAUCCAUUGAGCCGUAAUAAUCCACCAAUGAAAUAACUAUGUUGGAGAGUUGCCAUUUUCUGGGAAUUUUAACAGUCCUCUAAGACAUUAAUUCAUUAAACCGAAAAAACGUCCCUCAGAAACAGGUUCUCUUGCAUUGGUUGUAACAUUAUGCGCUACAUGCGAAGCAGCCAGGUGUUCCUAAUGUGAUUCAAAAUGGAUUUGAACGUUGCCUUGCAUCUGUUACUGAUUCGAAUUUCUUGCAAUAUAUAAUUAGUUAAAUAGACCAACAUGUAGCUCGAAGAAUGAGUUGAACCGAAGGUUAAUUGAACGAAAUUCUCAAACUUUUGCCCUAUCGUUAUCACAUAGCCUUUGAAUGAGACGUGGUCAUACAUUGCAUUAUCUACUACUAGUAGUUUUCUGAGUAAUUUCGUUUUUUAUUACCGGCUUCAAAUCGUUCGUUUUUAUGCACCAAACCACCACUGCUCACCUACUACAUGAAGUUCAAUUACUAAAUAUCACUAUUUUCUUAACAUUUCUUUUUUCUCCUUGGUCAGCUCGUGCUUAAAUGUCCUCAAUUCAGAUUUCGGCGUUUCUGCACUGACGUUGACUUGGUGCUAAACAUUCAUUCAGUUCUUGUUUAUGUUGUUAGUUUUUCACACAUUACCAUCUCUUGAUCCUUUGUUUUCUCUCAUUUAAUGAUUGGUCGCAUUCCAGUCGCAUGCCAUCCUCUCCCCCUCUUUUCUCCAUCCCCUCACCCUCCCUCAAAGCAUAUUGAAGCAGGCCCGCGAAGCUUUUCUUCGACCGCCAGUACAUGUAGUUCAACAUAGAGUGCAAGUUACCUGCAGUUUCCCAUUGAUGUCUAUUGAUUUAACUUAGUUCACUAUGCCACCAUUUCUUCAAUGAAUUCAGAAAAUGAACUCAGAAAAUUUGCCUUCACAGUGGUUCAUAAAAAACCGUAUAAUUAUUCUAAACGAUGUCGAAUAGAAUCAUUGAAGUCAAUGUUCUUUUGCUGAUUAUUUGAACUGCUUAAUAAAUUUGCGAUAGAUAAAUUGAGGUCUUAUUCUGUUCAAGGUGUACGUCUGGUUUUACGUGUUUUAUUUCGAUUUGGAUUGUUCUUAUGACCUGUUAGAAAGAGGUAUGACCUAUUUUGCAGAGAUCUUAGAUGAUUAUAUUCGUGAUAGGAUAUUCUGAAAAAAUUUAAACGCCAGAUGCACCACGUGUACCACUGUCGUUCAGUAGUGUCUGUUAUUUUUAUCUCAAACGGCAGGACAGUUGGUUUGUCAGUUUACAUUUCAGGCAACAAUUGAAAUCAAAUCCAUUUUGUCAUUUACUCUCCAUGUGAAAGUAGAUAAAACUAAAACGUCCAUAAAAAGUGACCUACAGUAUUGUGCUGUUGAUUGUACUUCACGAAUUAUUUCCCUAUUUAACAGUGUUAGGUACAAUGUUGAUACGAAAAGAAAACAAUUGAAAAUUGUUUCUAGUAAAUUACGUUUUACCCAAGCUAUCUUUGUAAAAUUUUAAUCAAAAAAAAUGUUCCUAUACAAAAUUAUGGGUUAAGGCGUGACAAACAUUAAAAAAAAAGAAAAAAUCUUAAAAACAAAAAAAUGUAUGGAUGAUGAUGAAAAUGAUGAAGUUUGAUGUUUGAUUUAUUUGAAUGAAUCUUUUGUUUUAUUUGAUGGUAUUGUAGUUUGCAUAUUGUACAAUAACGUUACCUACAACAUAUUCCGAUAUUGCGAAUAUCUUCUAUGUUGAUAAGUGAGUGUUAAGUGCAGUAAGUUGAUGCGUCCCGUCUCAAAGAUUCAACUCAUCUCACUAGUCGUGUGCUUACUGGAGGCGUCUUUUCUGAUUCUAGAACUUUUCGCGGUUAAGAGAUGACGACAAAAGAAGUGCAUAAGUUUGUUGGAGAAAUGAAACCAAGUAUUUGCAACAAAGUAUGAAAAAUAAAAGCUUGAAGCAG